AUGACUGAGUUUGACGAUUGCAGUCACGGCACAUCCAAUAUGUAUCUGCCAGGGUGCGCUUAUUACGUCUCACCCUCAGAUUUCUCGACGAAACCCUCUUUUUUGUCGCAAUCGUCGUCCUGUCAAAUGACUUUUCCUUAUUCUUCUAAUUUACCUCAUGUCCAACCUGUGCGCGAAGUAGCAUUCAGGGAAUACGGAUUAGAGCGCGGCAAAUGGCAGUACAGGGGCAGUUAUGCUCCUUAUUACUCAGCUGAAGAGGUGAUGCACAGAGACUUUCUGCAGCCUGCGAACAGGAGGACGGAAAUGUUAUUCAAAACGGACCCUGUCUGCGGCCACCACGGACCGUCUCCCGCCGCCUCCAACUUCUACAGCUCGGUGGGGAGGAACGGCAUCCUGCCGCAAGGCUUCGACCAGUUUUACGAGACAGCCCCCGGACCCCCGUACCAGCAGCACUCCGAGGGCGAGGGGGACGCGGACAAGGGCGACUUGAAAGCCCAGAACAGCACUUGCAGUAAAACACCUUCCAGCCAAGAGAAGAAAGUGACACCAGCAAACAACACCGAUUCCCCUUCUGGUGAGGCUGUUGCAGAGAAGAGCAACAGUUCAGCAAUUCCCCAGCGAUCAAGGAAAAAGAGGUGUCCCUAUACCAAAUAUCAGAUAAGAGAACUGGAACGGGAGUUUUUCUUCAACGUGUAUAUAAACAAAGAGAAAAGACUGCAGUUGUCCAGAAUGCUCAACCUCACUGACCGGCAAGUUAAAAUCUGGUUCCAGAAUCGAAGGAUGAAAGAAAAGAAACUGAACAGAGAUCGACUUCAAUAUUUCACUGGGAAUCCCUUGUUUUGAGGAAAAAAAAAAAAAGAGAGAGAGAAGAAAAAGAAAGGGAAAAAAUUAAAAAAAAAAAAAAAGAAAAAAGAAAAAGAGAGAGCAAGAGAAAAGGAAGAAAGAAGAAAAACAAAGAAUAUCCCGGUCUCUCUGACCUGCCAUCUGAAUGCAAAAGUAAAUUGGUUUACAUGACACAUCCACCCUGCGGAACUCAAAGUUUCAUUUUCAUGUGCAACUCCACACACUGAAUGGCCACUGGAGAUUUCAGGGCUUGGCGGAGCAGAUUCCUGAUAAGGGGAAACUAGGGUAAAUCCAACUGUCCACUCUCAAGUGUUUCUCGCCAAAGGUGCUUUUUUUCCUCUCCCACAGUACCAGCAAUGGACCUGCAGUGUGUCUGGUAGUUUUUGCUUACAAUUCAUUGAGUUCGGGGGGGCUCUGUUAUUGCUUUUGAGCUAGGAUAACACUUUCCUCCCUUUAAGUGAAUGCGGUUUAUUUAAGAGAUGGUAAAUGUACGUUCGCUAUAUAUAAAAUAUAUAUAUAUAUAUGUUUCUAUUGUCAUCCAAAAGCAUGGGCCACUGUCUUUUUCAUGUGAAUAAAUGGUUUCUAGUAAAGUUAAGGUUAUAACUUCCUUGCACUGUAUGGAUUUCCAUCUCCAAAGGAUCCUAGCGGUUCCCGGGCUAGAGCCAAGUUCAGUUAAAUAAUAACGGGAGGAAGC